AUAAAAUUGUCACCAGCAAUCUGCUAGAUUAAGCAUAGCGGAUACAUUUUUGGGAUAUAUUUCUAUUUUAACAUUUUUAAAAGCUAUUUUAAAAGCUGGGUAAUAAAAACCAUCCUCAGAUGAUCAAAAUAAAAAAGAAUAGAUCGAGGUUUGAUUUGUCGCCAUGCUGUUAAAAUGAGAGUUAAUUGAAUGUAAAUAUUCACGUGUUUUAAUAGAAUUCACUUUUAAAUUUCAAACAUGUAUUCCAAAAAAGCCAACACAGCCUACACCAUAUGUUGCGUAAAACGUUUUAAGGACGUAGUUCGAUCAACUCUAGAUUUAGAUAAAUGUAAAUAGCCUGCAUGAAUAUGAACAUAAUAGAGGCUAACUAUAAUACAGACGUCGUUUCUCUUAGUUUGCGCGUUCGUUCCAAUUCAUUUGUUGAAAUGCUUAUGUGCUGUAGGCCAUUUGAUUUGAUUUAUGCUAGUUGGCAUUGUCUAGAAACGCCUUCCCUGAACUUCAGCAAGUAGGCUACCACAUCUGGCAAACAUUGCAUCACUGCGAAUGUCCCGGAUUUGGGAGAAGCAGAAGUUUCUCUGGAGUCAGAGACGCAGAAGCUAUAAAUACCUUAACUCGGAGUAAAAUGCCUCAUUUGUAACAUUUGUGAAACCACAAGCAAAUCGCGAGUUAUGUAAAUUCGGCUACAGACAAAAGCAAGUCGACACAGGUGUGAGAAGUGAAAGGAUUACAAAGGGGCCGAGAUGCCAGUGCCUCCACCACCACCUCCCCCUGCGCCUCCUCCUCCGCCUACACUUGCUUUGGCAAAUACAGAAAAGCCGUCCCUCAACCGGUCCGAACAGCAUGGACGAAAUGCAUUAUUAUCAGACAUCUCAAAGGGUGCUCGACUGAAGAAGGCGGUCACGAAUGACAGGAGCGCCCCAGUUUUUGACAAGCCCAAAGGUGGUGGAGGUGGAGGUGGAGGUGGAGGUGGAGGUGGAGGUGGAGGUGGUGGGGGAGGGGGAGGGUUUGGUGGAGGAGCUCCUGGAGGUCUUGGUGGGCUCUUCCAGGGUGGGAUGCCUAAGCUCCGAUCCGCUGGGAACAGAGACAGCAACGACUCCGGUGCUGUCAAACCUCCCCUGAUGCCUCCUGGAGGAAGGUCCUCAGGUCCCAAACCCUCAGCCGGGGGCAUGGGAGGAGGACCGCCUCGACUCCCUGGAGCCCCCCCGGUCCCAGGGGGAAGGGCACCAGACCUACCCAAGUCCCGCGCGACUCCAUCAAGACAUGAUGUGGGAGGGGGCCCGCCCCCAGUGCCCAAUACCCCACGCCCCAACCAAGGAGGCUUCCAGAACAAAGGCCCAGGUGGGGGGCGAGGCGCACCCCCCAGCUUCCCGGGACGAUCCUCAACCAGCGGCCCGUUCGGCCGCCAACCGUCGGUCAGCGGGCCCCCGCCCAUCCCCAGCAGUGGCCGGCCGCCCCUGCCCCCAGCUCCCGGCAGGCCCUCCGACGACCGCCCCCCUCCUCCGGUGCCCACGGCGAACAGGCCGUCCAUGCCUCGGGACGGGCCGCCUCCGCCCCCGUCUCUCAACAACAAGCCAGCGAUGUCUUCCUCCCGCUUUUCGGCCAGCAGCGGACCUCCUCUACCCCCCGGCAGACCCGGCCCCCCGCCCCUGCCCCCAACCCCUGGAGGCGAUGAACACACGCCUAGACUGCCCCAGAGGAACGUGUCCCUCAACUCUCACGCCCCCCCUGCACCUCCGCCGGGGCGGUCCGGCCCCCUUCCACCCCCUCCCAACGAGAGACCACCCCCCCCUGGCCGGCAUCCACCUGGGCGCUCAGGACCCCUCCCACCCCCACCCCCAGGGGGUAGGACAGGAGGAGGAAGCAUGAGGUCAUCACCAGUCCCUCCCCCACCAAAUCGGCUGGGCGCAGAGCCAUCCAGAGGCGGAAGCAGACCACCGCCCCCGCCCGACCGCCCCGGUGCAGGAGGUGCCCCACCUCCACCACCUCCUCCGAUAGGAAAUGGAUUCCAGAACUCCCACCAUAACCCCUCAGAUGAUUGGGAAGGCAGGUUCUCCUUCCAUCCAGUAUCAGACCUGCCCCCACCAGAGCCGUACAUGCCUUUCCAGAAGACCUACCCCAGCAAGAUGAGCAAGAACGACAGCAGAGGCCCUGGAAAAAAAGAAAGGGGUGCACCUCCAUUGCCCCCCCAUCCCCAAGCGUAGCGACACCGUUGAUUCCUAGGAGCUGCCGUUUUUUUGGACCACAAUCCCAACCCUCCCCUCCCAGUUAUAUCUAUCAGAGACCUGUCUGCUCUUCUCUUUUAGCUCUCUGUUCUUUUAAGGAAAUGUGCAGCAUUUGGCCAAGUCUGUAUAUAGGCCAAAAUAAUAAGAGAUCAUUGACGUUUACAGCCCACCCUCUUAAUAAGUUAUCUUCGCAGUAAGGCCCAAAUAUAUCCGUUUACAUGGAGACCUGAGUGUGGGGCUGUGUGGCGGGUGUCUAUUCUUUUGUUUCUUGUUCUGAAAUGGGUUAUUUUUUAUUAAUUUCAAUUGAUGCUAAAUUGACUAUUUGCUGUUUCUAUGCAAGGUUAAUCAUGGGGGAGCUGAAAUGGCAUUGACAUUAUCUGUCAAAAUUUUAUGUGACAUAUAAUGCGGUCUGUCAUUGCCAAGGCAUAUGCCAAUAAUAUAUGCAUAAGGUCUCUUAUUGGUUUACCCCGCUUCCAUUAUAAUCCAAGACUGUGCCACUAUGUAAGUAUAACCAGUGAAGUUUAUAAUCCACAAACUUUCUAUGUAUUACCUUUAUUUUUGAUACAGAACACUCUCCCUGGUGGAGAGAGUCCAUGACCAAAUGGAUUCAAAGUAAGUGUUGUGUAGUUGUCAGCAUGAGAAAGUUAGUUUGAUAUUGUUUCCAGUAAGAACGAAGAAAUGAUGGACUGCCACACUAGACCAAAGAAAAAAAGUCAUGGUGGAACGGUGUUUUUUUUUUUUUUUUUUUUUUUUUUUUUUGCUUGUUUUUUCUUUUUCAAAUUCCACAUUAUUUGUCUGAAUUAGACUUUGUUAGUUAUGAGAACAGUAUUACCAUUAGUCUUUCUUACACAUUUGUGCACACCAUAUUUUAUACAUCCUAUUGCAUGAGCUGUUUUCAUAAUAAGUCCAGGAACCCCUAUCCUGCACAUGCCUGUGAUCUAGAGAAUGAGUGGUGUGAAUUUUUUUUUUUUUAUGGAAAGAACAUCUGGUAUGCUUGCUCCAUCAGUGUUGAUUCAUUUUCAUUGAUGGACAGUGUAUUUUAUGUUUAUAAGUGUUGAGCAGAAAGUAUAUCAGUUCUUGCUUUAUUUAAACAAAAUUAUUUAUGUGAAGAAUGAUUCGAUUCUGAAGGACUUGGAUGUUGUAAGUCAUACUGGACCAAAGAAAGAAUCCCAGUCAAAAAGCCAAAGACAAAUUGGAUAUAAACCCAAUAAUCUAUUUUGUUUCAUUUUUUAGAAUAUGUCCAUCUGUCCAUUUUAUUUGUCAUUUGGCACAAUAUCAUUCAUAGAGAUGCAUAUAUCUUACACCAGAGCUGUUUGAACCCCCCACCCACCCCCACACAUCAGUGUGAAUCGUAAGUUCUUCACAUUGCUCUUGAAAGGGGCAUAAUCACGGUACUUUCACAGGUAAUGACCCUUGCUCUGUAGGCUACAAGUCUGCAUCAAUGGGGUCUUAAUUUCUUUUUGUUUGUCACACUUGUUUCACGAGGACGUGUUUUUCCAGAUCACAAAUAUUGUCUGUUUCAUUUUAUUUUCCCAGAUUGGGGUUUCCAAAUAAAACCGUCUUUAACCAUUGA